CUCUCAAACCCACAACAGGAUGGCGUCAAUGACAACUUUAUUUUUGCUACUUGCGGUCACUUAUCGCAUACAAGCGAUUUACGAUGUACCUGGUACCUUUCCACAGACAAAACCAGAACAAGAGCUCCCGGAUACACAAGUCAUCGUGGAUAGAAUCAAAGAUUCCUGUCCACCAUUCGGAUCACCAGACGAACAAUUUAAAGUGAUGGUGUUGGGCAGUUUAAAUCCACCAGUAGGUGGAUGUGCUUCUAUGCGAGCAGACAUUGGCGAUAAUGUACCAGCGUUUGAAAUGUUGCUGGGCGAUAUCGAUUAUAGCGUUAAAGGUCACCAAAAAGUGGUACUUCUAAAAAAUAGAAGAAGCUACACGUUUCAGUGUUCAUCAAAACAUCCAUUCAUAGAGAAUGGAAAUAUUGAAGGCUGGUAUGUCCAACUAUAUAUCCAGAGUACAAAAAAAAAUGACUAUAGAUGUAGCUUGUACAAAAUACUCAAUGAACUAGGAACAAUCAAGGUGUUGAUUAGUGCGGAUGAAUGGUGUGAUGGUCUGCCACAGAUGUUGAGCUACGACGGUUAUGGAGUACCAAAUGGAUAUUCAACAAAUGGUUCUCUAGCUCUUAUAUUUGCUAAACAUUGGGUACCGAAUCCAUUUCCAGAAUUUCUAGAAUAUGAUUUAUUAAGUGACAUGUGUGCAUUAGGGUGACUCUGUACCUCCCUAUAUAAAUAUAU